AUGUCCGACUGCAGAAGGCAGUGGAACCGGGAGGAUGAGCUGCCGGUCUACCUGGCGGGACCGAUCAGCACCGGGCCGAACCAGAGGAAAAGCUUCGGGAUGUUCAGCUCCGUGGAGGGGGCGUUUGAAAGCAAGACCAUAGACUUCGAUAACUACGCGGUGGGCAGGAAAGGGAGCCGCACCCCGAGAAGUGGGAGCCGGGAGAGGCUCCUGGACGCAGGUGACCCCAUCGGCAAGACGCCCAGCGAGGCCCGGGAAGGGUCACUCAGCAACUCGCCCGGGGAGAGAGACGACGGUCGCGCCGGUGUUGAGAUCAGAUAUUCAUCCGGGAAGGAGAGCCCUGAUGGGAAGAAUGAAAGGCUGUUGAUCAAAGGAGGGCGGGUGGUCAAUGAUGACCAGUCUCUCUAUGCUGAUGUCUACAUUGAAGAUGGACUCAUCAAGCAGGUGGGCGAGAAUCUGGUUGUACCUGGGGGUGUCAAGGUGAUCGAGGCUAAUGGCCGCAUGGUGAUACCGGGGGGGAUAGAUGUCAACACCUGCCUGAUGAAGCCUUACCUUGGCACGAAGCCCGUCGAUGAUUUCCUCCAGGGCACCAAGGCUGCACUUGCAGGGGGCACCACCAUGAUCAUCGACCAUGUGACCCCCCAGCCUGGGGAGAGCCUGUUGGAGGCGUUUGAGUGCUGGCAGGAGGCUGCAGAUAAGAAGGCAUGUUGCGAUUACUCCCUGCACGUGGACAUCCCCCAGUGGAAUGAGACUGUUAAAGACGAGUUGGAGCUGCUGGUGCACGACAAAGGUAUCAACUCCUUCCAAGUGUACAUGGCGUAUAAGGGUGUUUACCAGAUGUCGGACUCUGAGCUGUAUGAGGCUUUCUCCUUCCUGAAGCAGCUGGGUGCUGUGGUGUUAGUUCAUGCUGAAAACGGAGAUCUAAUUGCACAGGAACAGAGAAAAAUCCUUGGAAUGGGAAUCACCGGACCUGAAGGCCAUCCUCUGAGUCGUCCUGAAGAGCUUGAGGCUGAGGCGGUGUUCCGCGCCAUCACCCUUGGCAACCGUGUGAACUGUCCUGUGUACAUCACCAAGGUGAUGAGCAAGAGUGCAGCCGACACCAUCACUCAGGCCCGUAGGAAAGGUUCUGUCGUUUUUGGGGAGCCAAUUACAGCUAGCCUGGCCACAGACGGUUCUCACUAUUGGAACAAGAACUGGGCAAAAGCGGCUGCUUGUGUGACCUCCCCACCUCUGAGUCCUGACCCCACAACCCCAGACCACCUCCACACACUGCUGGCUUGUGGGGACCUCCAGGUGGUGGGCAGCGCUCACUGCACCUACAGCACUUCACAGAAAGCAAUUGGUAAAGAUGACUUCACCCUGAUCCCAGAGGGAACCAACGGAGUGGAGGAGAGGAUGGGUUUUGUUUGGGACAAGGCCGUGGCCAUGGGGAAGAUGGAUGAAAACCAGUUUGUGGCAGUCACAUCUACCAACGCUGCUAAAAUCUUCAACCUGUACCCACGCAAAGGCCGGAUAGCGGUGGGCUCUGACGCCGACAUCGUCAUCUGGGACCCUGACAGCGUCAAAACCAUCAGUGCCAAACUCCAGCAGUCGGCUUCAGAAUACAACAUCUUUGAGGGUCUGGAGUGCCGUGGGGGUCCGGCGCUGGUGAUGAGUCAAGGUCAGGUGGUUUAUGAGGACGGCAAGCUGCAGGUUCAGCAGGGCACCGGCCGAUUUAUUCCUCGCAAGCACUUCCCGGACCAUGCUUACCAGCGUGUCAAGUUCAGGAACCAGGUGAAAGGCAAGCAGGGUGUUACUCGUGGUAUGUACGACGGCCCUGUGUACGAUGUGGUCCCUACCCCCAAAUAUAUCACUCCUGCUCCGUCAGCCAAAACCUCACCCACCUCUCACCAACCACCACCAAUUCGCAAUCUUCACCAGUCCAACUUCAGCCUGUCAGGGGCACAGAUUGAUGACAACGUCCCUCGUCGGUCUGGCCACCGCAUUGUAGCACCCCCCGGUGGACGCUCCAACAUCACCAGCCUUGGUUGAAGGCCCGACUGUGCGCCCAGUGUGGUCGUUGUGGGGUUUCACCUCCCGAGUGUGUGUGAGUGCGUGCGUAUGACUGAGAGUGUGAGCA